UCUCCUCUUUCAUUCACUAUAUAAAUAUAUUUAUUCUGAAACAAAAGCCGUUUCGAAACUCGCAGAACCUACGCUCUGUUUUUGCAGCCUUUUCACUUUUCAGAUUCUCUGGCAGUCGCCGCCGUGGGCCGCCGUUUUCGGGUUGAGCACCACCGUAAUGGUGGCGCGCAUUAAUUUCUGAGCUUAGGUUUUUGGAUUUCAGGUCAUUUAAGGGUUCUUGAGGGGUUUCCUCUGUUUUCGAGAUUUAUUGCUCUGUUUUUUAACCUCAAAAUUGGAGGAAUUUUUGGAGAUCUGCAGAGAUUUAGACGUUUAAUUUUGAAAAAAAAUGUUGGGACAGAGACAAGCAGAGGAAGCCAUUGUUCCGACCGCCGCAAAUGAGGCGGAAAACAGCGGCGGAAAGGAGGAAGGAGAAGAAGAGAACUCUGUUUUCCAAAUGAAAGAUCUACUCUGGCACGGCGGCUCCGCCUGGGAUGCUUGGUUUAGCUGUGCCUCAAAUCAAGUGGCUCAAGUGCUUUUAACACUGCCGUAUUCAUUUUCCCAGCUGGGAAUGCUGUCCGGAAUCAUCUUCCAAAUAUUCUACGGGAUGCUCGGAAGUUGGACGGCGUAUUUGAUCAGUGUUCUGUAUAUUGAAUACAGAAGCCGGAAGGAGAAGGAGAACGUUAGCUUCAAAAACCAUGUCAUUCAGGUUCCGCCGCCAUUAAAGCCCUCUUCCUCUUCUUCAUUUUUCCAAUAUGAAACGACGUCGUUGUUGUUGUUGUGUUUGGUUUGGCAGUGGUUCGAGGUUCUUGAUGGGCUUUUGGGACCUCAAUGGAAGGCCGUGGGGCUCGCUUUCAACUGUACCUUCCUUCUCUUUGGAUCUGUCAUCCAGCUUAUUGGAUGCGCAAGUAAUAUAUAUUACAUAAAUGACCACUUGGACAAAAGAACAUGGACCUACAUUUUCGGAGCAUGCUGCGCCACCACUGUUUUCAUCCCUUCCUUUCAUAACUACCGGAUUUGGUCCUUUCUCGGCCUUGGAAUGACCACUUACACCGCCUGGUACUUGGCCGUCGCCGCUCUCGUCCACGGCCAGGUCGACGGUGUUAUCCACUCCGGGCCGACAAAGCUGGUGCUCUACUUCACUGGCGCCACCAAUAUUCUUUACACAUUCGGCGGCCACGCUGUCACUGUGGAAAUAAUGCACGCGAUGUGGAAACCCCAGAAGUUCAAGGCUAUUUACUUCAUGGCCACUCUGUACGUUUUCACUUUAACGCUUCCGUCAGCUUCUGCCGUUUACUGGGCUUUUGGCGACGAGCUUCUCAACCAUUCCAACGCUUUCUCUCUCCUCCCCAAGAACCGAUACCGUGACGCCGCCGUUAUCUUAAUGCUCAUUCACCAGUUCAUAACGUUUGGGUUCGCGUGUACGCCGCUGUACUUUGUGUGGGAGAAAGUGAUUGGAAUGCACGACACAAAAAGCCUGUGUUUGAGGGCUCUGGUGAGGCUGCCUGUGGUUAUUCCCAUAUGGUUUUUGGCUAUUAUUUUCCCUUUCUUUGGGCCAAUCAACUCUGCCGUCGGCGCCCUUUUGGUCAGCUUCACCGUCUACAUCAUCCCCGCCGCCGCCCAUAUGCUCACUUACAGGAAGCCCUCAGCCAGACAGAAUGCGGCGGAGAAGCCGCCGUUCUUCCUCCCAAGCUGGACGGCUAUGUACGUAUUGAACAGCUUCAUAGUGGUCUGGAUCUUGGUAGUCGGGUUCGGGUUCGGCGGCUGGGCCAGCGUCACCAACUUCGUUCGACAGAUCGACUCCUUUGGCCUCUUCGCCAAGUGCUACCAAUGCAAGCCCUCCCUCGCCCCUCCGCCGACACAUCGUCACUGACUCACUCUAUUCUGUAACAUAUGGUAGAGGAAAAAUAGUAAUAUUUUCCUCUUUAAAAAAAAAAAAAA